AUUUGUAACAAUAACAUGAAUGAGGUCUUUAAAAACCUCAUAACAAGACAAACUUGUUUCAAAUUUCAUGUACAUUGGUUACGAACUGGCUCUCCUUUGUUUGACUUGCAUAAUACCUUGAACGCGCAUGGUAUUCAAAGAGCUGGUAACCUUUAAAUGAGUUUGAGGUUUUUGUUCUCCUCAAACUAUAAAAAGUCAAAGCUGAAGCAUGUGGAAGAUUAGGAUAUUUUUGAUGCAUGCUUAUCAAGGAGCUGAAAUGGCAUCUGCGAUCUCAACUUUGAGCCUCCUAAUGGCAUCUCUGACUGUAGUGAUGGCUAGUGGAAAUGGCACAGACUGUGAUCGAAGGUGUCUGGCAAAUAUUUUGGUUGAAAAGGAACUUCUGAGCGCGCCACAGGGUGAUAACUGUACCAUCACAGUAAACAUCACUGCAAUUCAAUAUCAGACACUGUCUUUUGACACAAAGGCAAUGCAAAUGAACAGCCGUAUCAAGAUAAACAUGCAAUGGAAAGAUCCUGAUCUUGGAUGGCUUCUUGAUAAAUAUAGAUAUCCAGCUGUUGUGUUACCUGUUGAUAAAAUCUGGACUCCCACGAUCGUUCUGGACAAUGCAUUAGACACAACUACGGAGCCGUACACAAAUGAUGUGCAGGUGAGGAGAGACGGUGUUGUGAAGCACUCUAUUAUCUUAUACACAUCCGUAAGCUGCCAAAUCAACUUAUUCAACUAUCCAUAUGUGUUUGGGGAGUGUCCUGUGGCCAUCAAUGGAUGGAGCCAAAAAUUUUGUUCACUGAAACUGAACAUUGCUGAUAAUGUUUCUUUGAUCGGUGGUAGUCAAGGAGAGUGGCAGACUUUGAACGUGUCCAAGAUUGCGGAUAAGUCACAAGCAAAUCGCAAUUAUCUCUUUGUCACCCUAUCUAUCAACCCCUUUGGUGCAUUUGUGACUCUGAUCUUGCCCAGUGCUCUUAUAAUGUGUGCUGACCUGGUGAGCUUUGCUCUGCCAUUUCAAGGAGGGGAGCUCAACACUUUUAAGGUCACCCUGGUCCUGAGCUUCACCAUGUUCCUCCUCAUCCUCAAUGAUCAUCUGCCUAAUGGUGGAAAUUGCAGCCCUCUCCUCUACUAUCACUUUAGUUUCUGUCUGGUCUGUUUGGUGCUGAGUAUGCUGAUUUCCAUCGUGUUAACACGUCUGUCUGAAGAUGGCAGCAUCAUUCCAUGCAGACGCAAAAAAACAUCAAAAGUCACUAAAACACACGGCAGCGGUAAAGAUACAGAGCCAGAGGGUGGCCAAGAAAACAACAAUCCUGAUGUGAUUGAGACAAAGUCUGGUGGUCUGCUAUCAGAACAGGCUUCACUCCAGAAGAUUGUGAAGUUUCUGGAGAAAAUGGAUAAAGAGGAGAGUGGCGAAGACAGCACAGUUGCCAUUGCCUAUAGUCUGGAGAAAUGCACCUUCUUCUUUUUUCUAACCAUUUAUAUACUGUAUGCCAUAAUUCUUAUUUGUAUUACCCGAACAGACAUUUGCAAGGUUGAUAAUCUAGACUUUUGGGAUCAAUCUACCUCUGAAGUUGACAGCUAUGACUACUCUUCAGAAUAAUAUUAACAGAACGUCUCUGAACUCUCUCUUCACCGUUGUAUGCAUACUUUAUGGGUCGCUUUCCCGGGCAGCGUUAAGAUUAAUCCAGGACUAGACCUUAGUUAAAACAAUGGCAUUUAUAUAUGUUUAGAUAUGUCAGUACAAGGUGUUUUUAAAUUAAGGCAGCUCAAACUGGACUAGGAUAAGCCCUGUCUCGGAAACCACCCCUAUAUGUACAGUUACAUUCAAAAUAAUAGCAAUGCAACAUCAGUAACCUGAAAAACCACUGUUGUUUCUAGUAGUAGCAAUAUGGCUCUCCUGAUUUUGCCAAGUGGUUGAUGUCCUCAGGGCAAAAUUAUGAAAAACAAUAGAACCAUUUGUAAUGAUAUUCACACUACUUGUACUGAGUUAUAGACUUAUUUAUUGAAAGUGGCGUGAUCAAAAUAAGUUUAAUAAUAAAGUUUAAAAAUAAGUAAAAUGGACAGUUCCAUCAUUGCCCAGAGCAAUUUUAAUUAAAAGUUGAUUUGAGAGGGGAAACAUAUAAAAAAUGCAGCAAAGUUUAUAGGAUGCUCAGCUAAAAUUAUCUUAAAUGCUUUAGAAGGGGAAAAAAACAAAGCACAUGGAAGAAAACAAGCAACUACGGUUAAUACAGAUAGUCGGGAAGGCAAAGAUUCAGCCUUUCAUCACAUUUAGAAAGAUCAGAGAUUAUCUAAAAUGAUCUGUAUGUACUGUGACAGUCAGAAGACAUUUGAUUAAAGCUAAGCUGUUAAAGUUAGGUGACUAGACGUCCCCUUUUUCCUUGGAAAGUCUCGUUUUUUUGGC